AUGACUACAGAGAUGACCAACCAAAUGGCGGCAACGAAGCUUGGCGAUGCCGCACCUUCAGGAGAAGCCGAUUGGAAAGCAGGUCUUCAAGCGCCCGCAAAGGAUGCGCGGCCACAAACAGAGGAUGUUACUGCAACAAAAGGCCUAGAAUUCGAAGACUUUUACAUCAAGCGCGAGCUCAUGAUGGGCAUCUUCGAGGCCGGAUUCGAGAAGCCAUCGCCCAUCCAAGAAGAGACGAUCCCCGUAGCCCUCACGGGUCGAGACAUCCUUGCGCGAGCCAAGAACGGCACCGGAAAGACUGCUGCGUUUGUCAUCCCCACACUCGAGCGCGUCAACCCCAAGAGCCCAAAGACACAAGCUCUCAUCCUCGUACCGACCCGAGAACUCGCACUACAAACCUCACAAGUAUGCAAGCAAUUGGGCAAGCACCUCAACAUCAACGUCAUGGUAUCCACGGGUGGCACGGGCCUCAAGGACGACAUUAUACGAUUAAGCGAUCCCGUGCAUAUCAUCGUCGGCACGCCCGGUAGAAUCCUCGAUCUGGCUGGUAAAGGCGUAGCCGAUCUUUCAGCUUGUCAAACCUUUGUCAUGGAUGAAGCUGACAAGCUCCUAUCACCCGAAUUCACCCCUGUAGUUGAACAACUGCUCGGCUUCCACCCCAAAGACCGCCAGGUCAUGCUCUUUAGUGCCACCUUUCCCAUUGUUGUCAAGAGCUUCAAGGACAAACACAUGAACUCGCCGUACGAAAUCAACUUGAUGGAUGAGCUGACGCUGCGCGGUAUCACGCAGUACUAUGCCUUCGUCGAGGAGAAGCAGAAAGUGCACUGCUUGAAUACUCUAUUCAAUAAGCUCCAGAUCAACCAGUCAAUUAUCUUCUGCAACUCCACAAACCGCGUUGAGCUUCUCGCCAAGAAGAUUACCGAGCUCGGAUACUCUUGCUUCUAUUCGCAUGCUCGCAUGCUCCAGCAUAACCGUAAUCGUGUCUUCCACGACUUCCGCAAUGGCGUAUGCCGGAAUCUGGUUUGCUCGGAUUUGCUGACCCGUGGUAUUGAUAUCCAGGCGGUCAAUGUCGUCAUCAAUUUCGACUUCCCCAAGAACGCAGAGACGUAUUUGCAUCGCAUUGGUCGAUCUGGCCGCUUCGGACACCUGGGUUUGGCUAUCAACCUCAUCAACUGGGAAGAUCGGUUCAAUCUUUAUAGGAUCGAACAAGAGCUUGGCACCGAAAUCCAGCCUAUUCCCCAGGUCAUCGAGAAGAACCUAUAUGUCUACGAGUCACCUGAGUCGAUCCCUCGACCCAUGUCUAAUCAACAGCGCGCUCCUGGACAAGGUCAACCACAGGACCAAGAAGGUGCUGCGCGCGGAAACCCCAACGCCCGUGGUGGCUACCGUGGCGGACGUGGUGGUGGCGGUGGUGGCGGUGGCCAGUUUCAGGGACAGCGUCGGGGGCUCCCACCGAACCAGCAGAACCGUCAACAGAACGGCCAGAAUGCUCAGCGAAAUCCAAGGCCGCAACCUACCGGCCCACCACAGGCUUCUUAG